AUGUCAUCAAAUAUAACUGAUUCAAAUGCAACUUAUGCACCAAUUAUUUCUUUCAUCGAUUUAUAUUUAGAAGAUAAUCAAAUUGAAAAAACUCCCUCAGAAUCAAAUUGCAACACUAUUUUAAGUGAUACAUCAUUACCUACACCAAUUUCACCUCAAGAAACCAAUGAAAACUUUAAUCAUGAAAGAGUAGAAAAAACUGACAAACACGAAGAAGGAAUUAUGGAAGAAGAAAGUAAAGAAGAAAUUAGAGAAGAAGUUAGAGAAGAAAUUGGAGAAGAAAUUAAAGAAGAAAUUAAAGAAGAAAGUAAAGAAGAUAAAAGUAAAGAAGAUGAAAGUAAAGAAGAUGAAGAAUCUUUUGAAAAAUAUGCUCAAGCAACUAUUGGUAGAAACUUUGACUUAAGUCAAAUAAAUUUCUGCAAUGAUGAAGAAGAUCAUUCAAGAAAAGUAGAAGAAAAACAUUUAGAAGAAGGUAAACAAGAUUACGAGGAUACAACAUCUAGUGAAAAAUUAAAGCGUCCAUUUUCAGAAAGAUGUAAAAAAUUUUGUAAGAAACAUUUACCAUUUUUAUUAUCAAAAGAAACAGAUGAACCAGAAGAUAUUUUAAAAGUUCUUUUCAAAACUCAUCAUAAUAUUUCUAUGCCAGGUUAUGAAGAUUUGGAUAACAAAAACAAACGUACUUUUGAUUUAAACAAAAAAGAUUUCAAAAAAAUGAAUAAAAUUUUAAACAAUAUAUAUUCCCCAACUGCUGAUGAAUCAAAUAAAACUCCAAAUAAAAUUGCAAAUAAAACUUCAAUAACCAACAAAGUCAAAAAUAUCUUUAAGAAAUCAAAAGUUAAAAAAAGUGGUAAAAAAUCAAAAUCGAAAUCGAAAUCUAACACACCACCUCCAAAAUCAAUUUUAAAGAAUGCACAAAAUGUUAAUUAUUCAGUAGAAAAAAAAAAUUGUAAAGAAGCAGAUAAUAUCCCUUAUGCUCAAUUUUGGAAUAAAUUAAAUAAGGAUGAAGCUAUUAAUAAGAAGAGAGAAGAUGAUGAUUAUUAUUUUACCCCAAGACUUGAACAAGUAAGAAGUUAUUACCACUCAAUCAAUUGA